AUGCAACAAAAUAAUGAGCUGUGUGAGAGCGUCCAAGCCAAUCUGAAUCUGAAAGUAGUUGAGUUAUAUUCUGGUGUCGCAGCAGAGAGAGUCAGAGUAAAUGAACUCAGACGGAAAAGACAUACAGACCGGAGAAUCAAAACCAUGAAUGCUAUAAAUUCUGUGCAACUGUUCCUUCUGGUUUGGACUUUUACUGCUGUCUGUCGAGCUGAUGAUGGUGUCUGCAGUGUAAGCUGUAAGAAUGUGACUGGAACUGUGGGUGAAGAAGUAACUCUCAUCUGCAGCGUCCCUCAGAAGUGCUCUGAAUGCUGCAUUAUAAUGUAUAAGUUUCAAUACCCUGAGAAAUAUAAAGACCAUAAAGAAAUCUGUAAACAAGAGUUUCCUCUGGACCCCUGUGAUCAGAGAAACAGCUUCACAUGCAGAUACACUCCAACUAAAGCAAUGACAGAAAAAUUCAGAUUCUUUGUGCAAACAACAUGUGGAAUAAAAAGAACAGAAUUGACUGUGAACAUAACAGAGCCCAUUAAACCUGAAACUGUUACUGAAACUCCUGAGCAUCUUAAAUCAAAUACAGAGGCGAGUCCUAGAUCUAAUGGUGAUGUCGUCCCUGCAGUCACGGGCUGUUUCAUCAUCCUCAUCCUCAUCCUCAUCCUCACAAUGACAAUCAUUUAUAAAACUAAAUCAAACUACAUCAAACCUUGUGGAUUCCAGAAGAGCAUGUUUCUGUGCCUCAGACAUGAUGAAGAAAAUGAUAACAGCAAUUGUCCAGAAAAUGCGAUUAAUAACACAGACUCAGUAGUAUGAAAGCAGUUUUGUUUGACUCUAAUGUGCAUUAAUGAAAGACACAAACUUUUAUAGAAACUCAAACUAUAUCAGUACAAAUGACCUGUUAUAUCGCAAACUACUGAACUAUAUAACUCUGGUUGUAAGUUUUAAAACUCUGUUUCUGUUUCAUAUUGAUUUCUGUGAAAUAAUGGUAUAUUAUUGAUCUUUUUGAUCCAUGUAUAUAUGUGAACAUUAAGGGGCAAUGCAACAAAACCCAAACUGUAUUUAGUUUUGCUCUUUUUUCUGACUUUCAUUGAAUGUCUAUAAUGAAUGUCAGUUUUGUAUUUAUUAUUGCUUAAAGUGAUUUUUUUUUUUUUUUUUUUUUUUUUUUACUUUUAAUGUUCUGUACCUGCAAUUUUCUAAUGCUGUGAGUGGUGUGGUUUUGUACAGUGUCCUUUUAUUAUCAAAAUAAAAGAAAAAGAAAAAUGUAA